GUCCAUUUCUCACUGGUCGCUGCGGAGAGUCCAGUGUAUGUGCGGCAACAACAUGUCCGCCCCACUCCCUGCUAUCGUCCCGGCCGCUAAGAAGGCCACCGCCGCGGUCAUAUUUCUUCAUGGAUUAGGAGAUACAGGGCAUGGGUGGGCGGAAGCAUUUGCUGGCGUCAGAAGCCCACAUGUAAAGUAUAUUUGUCCACAUGCGCCAGUUAUGCCAGUUUCACUAAACAUGAACAUGGCUAUGCCAUCUUGGUUCGAUAUCAUUGGACUCUCUCCAGAUGCACAGGAAGAUGAAACUGGUAUCAAGCAAGCAGCAGAGAAUGUGAAAUCUCUUGUAGAGCAAGAAGUAAGAAAUGGAAUUCCCUCACACCGAAUAAUUCUGGGAGGAUUUUCUCAGGGAGGAGCUCUAGCACUGUACACAGCUCUCACAACGCAACAGAAACUAGCAGGUGUUUUAGCACUCAGCUGUUGGCUUCCAUUGAGGACUACUUUUCCACAGGGUUCCAUUAAUUGUGUCAACAAGGAUAUUCCCAUUCUCCAGUGCCAUGGUGACUGCGAUCCUUUGGUUCCACUGAUGUUUGGAUCUCUUACCUCUGAGAUGUUAAAGACCAUGUUAAAUCCUGCCAAUGUAACUUUCAAGACUUAUUCAGGCAUGAUGCAUAGCUCAUGUAUUGAGGAAAUGAUGGAUGCGAAGCAGUUCGUUGAUAAGCAUAUGCCUCCAGUUGAUUGAAACUUCUUGAAAGGCCUUCUCUUUAAAUGCACCAGCAUCAUCUGUACUAGAUUGUUACUUUUCAUGCAGCCAAUUAUGAAGCAUUUCUGUGCCUACAGUGUUAACUCUAUUGUAAAUGUUCCAACAGCAAUGACUAGAUAUCAUAACUUUA